AUGAUAGGGGUAGUGCCUAGGUCAGGAGGCCAACUCGCUACAAAACUGCAUCCCCACCAACAGUCAUCAUGGUUCUGUGCCUCACUAGUCUUACUCAUCGUGGCUGUUGUCCUCUGUAGGAACACGUCUACAGCAGCUGUAUCCCAUAGAUCUUCUUCACGCCGACAUGCUGCCAGGGUGGCGGGGAGCCAUGAGUGUCGUCAGCCGCUGGAGGAGGUGGUGGUGGGUGGCGGAACCUCCCUCAUCCUCACCUCUCCGAACUUUCCCGCCGCCUACGACUACCGCACCAAGUGUGGCUGGACCAUCAGGCCGACGAGCAGGAAUGUGGUGCUAGCCCUUAGCUGUGACACCUUCGUCCUGCAGGAGCCUAGUAGUUCUGGGGAGUGUUCCGACUUCCUGAAGGUGCAGGGCUUCAAGUACUGUGGAAGCAACAUCCCGCUCUCCAUCACCACCACCAACAUCACAAGGUUCAGAGUCACCUUCAAGACUAACGGUCAAAAAAAUUUCAAAGGGUUUCACUGUACUGUCAGGACUUCAAACCCCAACACUGACCACUGCUCGUGUGGUGUGAGGGGCCAAGCGAGGAGCUCCCCGACUCAGGAGAGGGUAGGACAUUGGGAAUUCCCGUGGCUGGCGGCGUUAGUGAAGGCCAAGACCUCCAUCCCCUUCUGUGGCGCCUCCGUCAUUAGCGAGAGAUGGGUCCUCACCUCUGCUGCCUGUGCGGAAAGGGUCAAGUACAACAAAUAUAACUACGAAGUCAUCGUUGGUGGGCACAACCUGAGCGUGACCGCGCCAGGGCAGACUGGACAGCCCAUCAGGAAGGUCUUCAUCCAUCCUCGAUACAACUCAGGUGACGCCAUCACUGACAACAACGUCGCUCUGGUGCAGCUUAAGGAGGUCAUCGUCUUCAGAGGCAGCAGAAUGGGCGUCGUGAAGGAAGGUCCUCUACCAGUGUGCCUCCCAGACCUCGAUGCCCACACCAACCUCACCAGCUACAGGGCCAUCCUCACGGGUUGGGGCACAGGGGAGGAGACGACCGGUGUGGUGAGAAAGGUGGUGGUGAGGACCAUGAAUGGGAGCACAUGCUUACAGCGUUACCAGGGACAUAAUGUGAGCAUCAGUGACUCCUCCCUCUGCGCCGCCCCCGUCAGUGAAACCCACAGGGACUUUUACAAGGCUGAGCUCGGCGGGCCUCUGGUGAGGGUGAGGGAGGAGGGUGGUGGAGAGGGCCGCUACCAGCAAAUCGGGGUGGCCUCCUUCAGCGACGCUUCCAGCCGCUACCCUCACCAGGCACCAACACUGCCAGGGGUCUACACCAAUCUUGCUCCUUACCUCCGCUGGAUUACAAACACUGUUGGUCUAGACAACACCUGCCAGUAGAUGAUCUCUCUCACCUCCCAACGGGCGAGUGUUCGACACGUUAAGGCUCCGACCAACGAGUGUCCUACACGAUGCGUCAUAGCCCAUCCGACCAGCAUCGAUGCGUGAAAAUCCUGUCCUACCAAACAGCUGAUUUUUUCCCUUACUGACAGAGAAACAUUCCAGAAGUACAAUUUUCUUCUCGAAUUCAGAGGAUUGUUCUUGAUGUUUCAUAUAACGUGAAAUAAGGCGAUGUGUUUUCCUUUUUUUCACAUAAAUGUUAAUUUUGAGAGAUAUUGUAUAAAAAAUGGGAAAUUAUUCAACACCAAGCGAGUGAGUGAGGGUGAGUAUUAAGUGAGUGAGGGAGA